AUGGAUUCUUCACUGUCUUUGGAGAUCCAGUGCUCGAUGUGCUUAUGUGAUUUCACCGAUCCGGUCACUCUACCUUGUGAGCACUCCUUUUGCCACCAUUGCAUUACGGGCCACCUGCAGACCAGCCUGGGUCCGAGCUGCUGCCCGGAGUGCCGAAGUCCCUACACUGAUCAGGAUCUGCGACGCAACCGGCUGCUGAGGAACAUGACGGAUACUGUUCGAGGGCAUCUCGAGAACCAGCAAACCCGGUCGAUAUCCUGUCCCCCAAGUCGUGCCCCGAGUAACACUCUGAUAUGCACUGAGCAUGAUGAGAUACUGAAGCUCUUCUGUGUAACAGACCAGAAACUCGUGUGUGUGGUGUGUAGAGAUGGAGAAAAGCAUCGGGGACACGAGUUCAAACCUGUAAAGGAGGCAGCUCAGGGAGUCAAGAGUACAGUGAAGGGGACUCUGGGCUUCCUGAUCAAGGAGAAUAAAGAGCUGGAUCACCUUAGUAAUAAGCAGACACUGGAGGCUACAAAGACCCAGAUGAGGUCCAAAGACCUGAAAGCCCAGAUCUCUGCUGAGUUUGAAGAGAUGCACCGGUUUCUGAGGAAGAAGGAGGAGGAGGUAAAGAAAAAACUAGACACUGAGGAGACGAAUAUUGUUGAGAAAAUGUGCAGGAACAAGUACAUCAUCAAUGAACGACUGAUGACUGGAAAGGAGCUGGAGAUUAUUUGUCAGUCUGCUCUGGAUAUUGAUCAACCUGACCACUUUUUACAGUGGUGGAAUGAAAAAGGACUUUCAGUUACAGAAGGGAUGAAGGCAAAAAGCAACAAGGGACCCGAAAUCAAGUACAACUCACGGGUAAAGGAUCUUAAAGUGAUGCCACACACUCUCUUUCUUGGGCCUCUGGAGACUCACCUCAAGUUCUUUGUAUGGAAGGAGAUGCUGGAAACUAUUAAACCAGUUCCAGAGCUUUUAAACUUAAAGGAUACAACCGACUCCUACCUGAAGUUGUCACCAGGAAAAUUGAGCGUACGCCAGGCUGAUAGACAGUCCGGGUACUAUAAGGAAUACAAUCCCGGCGUCAUCUCCACAGAGACCUAUGACAGAGGCCAGCACUAUUGGGAGUUUGAAGUUGGGAAGAAGCUGGACUGGAGUAUUGGAGUAACGACUGAGAUGAAGAAAAAAGCCAAAGAGAAGCAAACUAAUGAAGUCCAUCUCCACCUUAAACACGACAAAGGAUACACCCUCACUUCACAUGAUAAAGAGAUGUCCAUUGGCAUUAAGAGAAAGCCCAGUCAAAUCGGACUGUAUCUGGACUGUGAAAGAAAAGUGGUGUCUUUCUACGAUGCAGACAUCAUGUCUCUGAUCUUUCAGUCCAGCUAUACCUCAGACCUGCCCUGCGCUGUGAGUCUUUUUCCGGGAAUUUACCUGGAUGGAAAGAACAUAGAUCCUGUCACUGUGUGUUCCUAUGCCAUCUAGUUCAGACAUAAUUCACAGGGUCCUAAGAAUGAUGAGGCUUGACAGGAAUUUACAGUACAGUAAGUCCUCUACAUACGAAUGUCUAAGUGCAAAAUUCUCAAUUUUGAUUGAAAUUUAAAUUUGGUGACAGGGCCUGAGGUUACCUUGAGUUA